AUGCCUGGUCUUCCCACCGCCACAGAUGAGGAAGUCGGCUUCCAGCCGAUCCCAUCAAACCCCUACCUCACGAAGCCGCCAUCUGCUCCAGGCUCAUUUCCCAAAGGCAAGUCGUCAUGGGGUUCCUUCAUGCCCCCCAACACCUACGAGCCCAUCGUAGACGAGGGAAUCAUCCACUUCAACCCCGUCAUCAUCCUCUUCAUGUCCCUCAUCCCAAAGGACGACCUGACCAAGGCUGUUCAAUCGGCGUUGAGAAAAAUUCCAGACUUUAUGAAGAACAUGGGCAUCAGUGACGCGGACACGUUCUACAAGUUUGCCAACGACAUGCUUAAGUGGACGCCCACCGAGAACGUCCAGGCCAAGGAUGUGUACGACAUCCUGUGCCUGUUCUACUUCAUCCUCGACCAGGAGCCGCUGUUGGGCAAGCAGACACUUGUCCACCCGAGCUCGGUAGGACUGCCCCUGACCCCGCUCUCCAGCUGGAUCGUGGUGUUUGCGCAGCUCAUCGGGCUCUUCAUGGACACGACCGCGUCCCUCAACGAGACGACGUUCCAGACGUUUGUCGACUCGCCAAAGUACAUGAUCAAGGAGGAGGCGCUCAUCCCCGAGGGCGGCUUCCGCACCUUCAACGAUUUCUUCUCUCGCCACCUCAAGCCGGGUGUGAGGCCCAUCGCGGACAAGGACGAUGAUAGGGUCAUUACUUACCCGGCGGACUGCACCUACGACAACUCGCUUCACAACCAGAGCAUCGUCAAUGUUCAGGAUACGGGCAUCAUCGAGAUCAAGGGACUCCCCUGGACCAUCGGUGCCCUGCUUCAAGGUAGCGGGUACGCAGACUGCUUCCACGGUGGUGUCUGGAUGCACGCCUUCCUCAACACGUUCAACUACCACCGGCAGCACGCGCCCGUCUCCGGGACGGUCAUCGAGGCCAAGAACAUCCAGGGCGCAGCGUACCUUGAAGUGGACCAACAGUGUCGUCCGAUCCGCAAGCUCUUCGUGACAGACGAGGACAUUAAGAAGGACCCCGCCUGCCGGCCCGAGGCGCCCGACUCCCCGGGAUACCAAUUCCUCCAGACGAGGGGCCUGGUAGUCAUUGACAACCCGGUGCUCGGCAAGGUGGCCGUGCUGCCGAUUGGCAUGGCCAUGGUCUCGUCGGUCAAGCUAUCGGUCCGCGUGGGAGAUAAGCUGAAGAAGGGCGACGAGAUCUCGACGUUCUUGUUUGGCGGGUCGGACAUUAUCUGCGUGUUUGAGCCGCGUGCCAAGUUGACGCCUGAGCACUUUGUGCCGUCGGCGAAGGACGACUACUCGAGGUACGGGAGUGUGUUGGCGAGGGCGCCCGGGCAGGGCUCGAAUGGGACUUCGAACGGGCACCACUGA